AUGUCAAGCCUGGGGGAAGCUAAAGAUCUCGAUUCAUCUAUCGAAGACCAAUUGAACGCGAGGCGUGGAUAUACAGCUGCUGUUAACAAUCCUAAAGUAUCCAAAAAGUCCAAGCGUAAUGCAUUAGAUCUUCUCAAUGAUGAGCUUGACGGGGAUACUCCUCGACAUUACCUUGAUGAGGCUCCUCCGGGUAACCCGAGUGGUCUAAGUGAUUUGGAAAGAACUAAAUGCAAAUCUCACCACACCACUCAAAGCGAAAGUGACUCAUCCAGACUUGAUCAGUAUCCAGGAUAG